GUACUAGAGCCAACUGGCAAGAAGGUCCAGGAAGUGAUUGCAUUUAGGGAAUCUAAACGACAGUCGCCAUUCUUCAAUCACCUGUCUGCAGUGUCCGAGUCUAUUCCUGGCCUAUCAUGGGUGGCUGUUUCUCCAGCACCAGCACCUUAUGUUAAGGAAAUGGGAGACUCUGCAGUAUUCUAUACUAACAGGGUCCUCAAGGAAUACAAGGACAAGGACAAAGUUCACGUUGAAUGGGUGCAGCACUGGAACAACGUCUUCAAGGAGCUGCAGCAGUAUGUCAAGACUCACCACACCACAGGCCUCUCCUGGAACACUCGUGGCGGCAACGCAAUGUCAAACCUGAAGGCUGCUCCAGCUAACUGCGGUGUUCCUCCCCCUCCUCCUCCUAACUUUCGCUAUAUUGUCGGUAGUGGCAUCCCUCCCCCUCCCCCAAUGGUCCCACUGGUGCCAAAAGCCCUGGCCGCGGAGGAUGACGGCCGAGCUGCACUCUUCGCCUCUAUCAAAAGGGAAAAAGAUAUCACAUCCGGGCUCAAGAAGGUAAGGCGGGACCGCAACGCAACCUCGUCUUCACCAGGGGUGUGGACGCCACAGACAGUUAGAGAUGAACAGAAAACCCACAAAAACCCCAGUCUGCGUGAGGGACCAAAACCAUUCGUCAAGCAGACCGAGACCCCUGUCCGUGCCCCACUCGCGAAGUCACCGGAACGCCCUCCCAAGUUUGCUCUUGAAGGGAAGAAGUGGUUUUUGGAAUACCAGAAAGACAAACCAAGUCUUGUGGUCGAUAAUGCUAGGAUGGAUCAUUCUGUGUACAUCUUCAAGUGCCAGAACACAGUGGUUCAAGUUAAGGGUAAAGUUAAUUCAGAAUUAGACUCCUGUAAGAAGUCUGCUGUAGUAUUUGAUACGGUGGGCUUCGCGGAGGUUGUCAAUUGUCAGUCGUGCAAGGUCCAGGUGAUGGGCAUUAUGCCAACCAUCACGAUUGAGAAGACCGAUGGUUGCCAUGUAUACCUGAGCAAAGAGUCUCUGAACACAGAGAUCAUUUCAGCCAAGUCCUCAGAAAUGAACAUCCUCAUCCCCAAAGAGGAUGGAGAGUUUGUAGAGUGUCCUGUUCCUGAGCAGUUCAAGACGGUGAUCAAGGGCCAUUCCCUGGUCACUACAUGUACCGAAAAGGCUGGUUAGAAUCGGUAAAACAAUGCUCAUGUAGAAGUAGAAAAUAAGAAAAGAGA